AAUGGUGAAUGGGUUUAAAAUAGAAUCAAAAUUACACUUGGUGAAAUUUUUUAAUCAGUUAAACCAAGUAGUCGAGAAAGAAGCAUGAAAGUCUUACAAAAGAUUUUGUUUGUUAUUUAUUUAACGAUACAUGUGAUGUGGUUACUACAUGCUCAUCCUCAGUGUGUUGAGGUAGAUGGGAUUCCCGCAGCUGGAUCAUCAGUAUCAUCAUAUGCUAUGCAUGUCGGAAACAUGCUGGAGUGUGUAAAAAAGUGUUUUCGGUAUCAAAUGGAAAACUACAAACGAUUUUACAAUGGCGUUCUUUACCAUAACAGAAAUUGCAGUUGUGUCGCUAAUAUGACAGACAUUACAGGGAUUAAUCCGGACGGAAGAAAGGCAUGCUUCUUUGGACGUUUUGUCGAAGACUUAUCAUUAACUUUAAUUAAAAGACCUGAUCAACAUCAUGUAGAAGUUGGUAAAAAUUUUGAGCAUGUUUUCAGUAUCUCCUACACUAACCUCUUCGACCGAACGUACCAGUGCUUAUACAGGACAGCCCUUCCAAACAAAGAAAAAAGACCUUUCGGUUUGGAUGGAUUUUCGCUUAUAAAUGGUAACGGAUUAAACCUUCCAAACACAGGAAUAUCAUGGUCUAAUGUUUAUGAUAAAUUUGGGAUACAAUAUCAAUCUUCGGGAGCGCCACGUGAGAUACGCCUGUUGGACAAAACACGUCUUACAAAUAAUCAGUUUCACUACAAAACAACAUUUAAGAUGGGAGAUGCUUCGGAAAGUAAUGAUAUAUUGUUUGUGGCGUUUGUUGUAAAUCACAAAGAUGAUUAUGGUAUAUACAUUCGUCAUGCAUUCAUUCAGCAGAAACAAGGAAAUAACUAUUCUCGCGCUUUACUACUGAAACCACUUCCGUCAAUCAAUUUUGAUCAUGCCACACAACCGAUUGGAUACUUAAAUACUGUGCGCAAUAUUAAAAUUGUAAACGAUGGAAAUGCAACAGCAACAAAUUAUAAACUCGAAUUUUAUUUCCCGCCAUUUGUCACAUUGGCACAUGAUGAGAUGCAAUCCUUGGAAGAGAAAUGUGGAUCAAACUUUUUAACUACAGAUCAAGACACAAAUGUAUUGCGGAUUAAGCUUACGCAAGUUGAUCCUGCAAUGCGCCUCUGUCUUGUUAACAUACAGUGGAAAGCGAAUGUAGAAGAACUAAGAACCAUACGAGGAAAGAUAGAUUACUAUAUUCAUGGUCUUCUUACUUACUGUCCUUAUCAAGAAUGCAAUGUUAGUGGCAAACGUGCUGAAAUGAAGGAAUUCAAAUGGGGAUUUACUUUUUUCGGACGAAGCAAACUAAAUGAACACAAGAAAUUUCGAAUAAAAAAUGUGAACAGCGGGAGAUGUUGGGAUGUGCGUGAGAACGAUCUGAAAGUGACAACCAACAGCAAAUGUCAAAGUGGAUUUAAGUAUACCAAGGAUGCUUUGUUGAUUCAUGAAAACACUGGUAGAUAUCUCUACUCCAAGCAAACUAUCUACAAGCAGCAAUAUAGUUAUUUCGCUGAUACCACUAAACGCAGUCAAUUGUAUUACUUACGAGACAAUCACAUAGUUCAAUACAGUCAUGAAUCAAGCAUCUCUUGUCUAAUGGAAAACGAAUCUUUCAUUUUCCAUACUGUCAAUGGUAGAAGAUUGAGCACUCAUUGUCCAUCAUGGAGGGGAGUUAUGCCAACUACAGUAAAGAUACUGGAAGGUUGGGAUGAUUAUAACCUUGACGUGAGAUCUAUACUCAAAGCAACAACACCACUGGGUGACACUGUUUUUAUUUGCAAUCCAGGAGGCGAUAAAGGAAAUACGUACAACUGCUUCUUUUCAAACAACAAUGGAAAGUCAUGGACAGCGAUGGACUCCUUGAUUACAAACAUUCGUUUUUACUCCACCAUUUCUGAAUCCAUUUAUGGCACAAUGAAUCGUGGCAAAAGUUAUUUUCAGUUAAAACUAACUUAUGGGGAGCUUGCACGUAUUAAACCACUCAGUGAUGUUGAUUACAAUUCCGUGUUUUCACAAGAAAGCAACAUUCACACACAGUCGUUUAAUAACAUGGCUUUAACGGUUGUUAAAACAGAGACUCAGUUUGGAUCAGAAGUUCAAGUUUCCUCACACGGCGUUUAUCUUACGGUAAAUGGAGUUUUAAAGAAGGUUUUCGCAUGGGGAUAUUAAAUUUGUGGUGAUACAAGAAAGGUGUGUCUCAAGAUUAUGAUACCAUGGUGCAUAUUUUGGUAACCUACUUUAUCGAUGGAAAAACAUUUUCUUUACUGAUUUUAAAAAUAGUUUACGUAGCAAUAAAUUUUUAACCGACGAAUUAUUUGAGCUAAUUUAAAAAUUUGCAAUUUUUUGUUUAAAAAUUUAGGUAGAUGAUGACACCAAACAGCCAGUGAAAUGUUUGGGAACAUUUUAGUCUAACCUAAAAUAUAUUUCUUAUUAUUCCAAUGCUCUAAAAAGGUUA